AUGCCGAUUGAAAUAGUGGCAAAAUUGGAUCGCGAAUCCGCAGUAUAUCUUGCUGGGGAAGCAAUACAAUGCAAGGUAAUAGUGCAAAAUAUUGGUAACGAUGAGGAAUCCUUGGCUUGGGGAAGCGUUCAUGUGCAAUGCGAACGGAUUGUCCGAGCUAAUAAGGCUGAUGUUGCUGUACCGAAGAAAAGUUCAUUGGAAGGAAAAUCGAAAGGGAUCGGGACAACUGCAAUGUCAAGUUCCGCUUUUACCAUGUUUUCUUGCCGACCAGUUAUUUUGUUUUGUGAAUUGGUCCUAAAUGCUGGUGAAAGCCAUAGUUUUGAAUGUACACAACAAUUACCAUUGGAUUCCAUACCGCCAUCAUUCAAAGGACACCUUGUGCGUUAUGUCUAUAAAUUGACGCUUGGAGUGCAGCAUGUUAAAUCACCAAUCAAACUAAUACACGUUCCAUUACGAAUCAUACAGGCUGACCUUGGAUUGACGUUACCUUCUUCACCAAUGCUUCUGAACCCUUUCAUCAGUAAUCAUAGUGUUGGACCAUCGAUUGUUGACUUAGCUAUGGAAGCAACCGACUGUUUAACAGCACCCCACGGAGCUUACAGUUACAGUAUUACAAAUGCAUCUGGUCGAGUUGCCAGUUUUUUACUCAAUAAAAAAGCCUACAAAUUGGGAGAAGAUGUUAUCGGCAGAUUUAAUUUCGAUAACUACGCCGUACGAUGUCUUCAGUUUGCUGUCAGUUUACAAUCAGUUGAAAAUUUGGUAAACGAAGAGUGGUUUUCACAUACACAUGUAACCACCCAUAUGAUUGAGCAUAUUGUUUGCGCAUAUUGGACUGAAGCAACGAUACGACUGCAUAUACCGCUUUCGGCAACAUCCACUUUUUAUACCGAUACGGUGCAUUUGAAAUGGCGCCUUCACUUCGAAUUCGUAACAUGUAAUGAUUUUAAUGAAGAAGCGGAAGAGGGUCUUUGGCAAGCACCCGAAAACGUCAACAUAGAAACUAUGACAUGGGAUCUGGACAUCAAGGUUUUUCCAUGUAGUCCGCAUAAUGCGGCCCUUACACUACCAAGUCCAGCUACUCCUGCUUCCAUUAUUGUUUAA